AGGACUUUGCCAUACCCAGCCCUACCAGUCCCCGACACUCUCUCUUCUCUCUCUUACUCUCUACUGUCUUGGCGUGGUGCGUUUGACAAGGCGGGACACACCAGGUAGAAUUGACCAAACUUUGCCACUACUUUUUAUAAAACAAGAAUCUAGAUCUAGUUUUCAAGGUUGGCCAGUACAUUGAAUAGUUUGUUUAGCAAACGAACAUUCCUGUAAGAGAAGAUUGGACUCUACUGUUAUAACAUUGAAUAGUUUGUUUAGCAAACGAACAUUCCUGUAAGAGAAGAUUGGACUCUACUGUUAUACUCUUUCGAACGGAUUAUUAGACACAUUAGGCAGCAUUGUAACGAAAGGAAAGGAUGACAUAUACAUGUCCAAUAUUUCUGCUGCUACUAGGCUUAAUAUUUUCAACGAAUGUGGAUGGUUACCCUAACGGACUACAAGUGGAUAGCGCAUGUCCAAACCUUGUACCUGGACAUGGACCAACCAGCCAAAGUACACCGCCCCCUUACAAGAUAACAUUGAAUGCCACCAGUUAUACACCCGGAACACCAGUAUCAAUUACACUGUUAGCUUGCAAUGGUGCAUUCAAAGGUUACAUGAUACAAGCUCGUCUUGCUGAUACAAGCAAGAAUCAGUCAGAAUUGUAUGGUACAUUUACAGCAAAUGAAAGCAACCCAGCUUGUAAAGGGGACAAUGGAUCAGCCUUAGUUCAUUCAAAUAAUAACCCAAAGACUACAGUGAACAUUCAAUGGAUUCCUCCUCAACUUUCUGUUGGUCACAUAAUAUUUAGAGUGACAUAUGUACAGGAGUUCAGCAUGUUUUGGGCUAACAUUCGUUCAGAUGUUUUAUAUGAUGCAAGUUUAAACUCAACAAGUGGAGCACUUCAAAAUAAAACUGAUGUAGAUCCAGUGUGUUCAGGAGGGCAACAGAUAACAAGCAUUACAACUACUGCUGCUACCAGUGACACAAGUAAGACAAAUGUAACUAAAGAUGCUAGCUGUGGUCAGACUAAAGGAUGCUUUUCAUCAUGUAGUGGCCGUGGCUGCACUUUUAUUGUGUCCUGGGCAACAUCUGCCAACAUAUCCAUUUUUGUUUUAUCCACUGAGAUUUUGAAUCAAGGAAAAACUUACAUUGCUCUUGGCUUUUCAUCUGAUAGUGAAAUGGGAGAUGACAGUGUAAUGGCUUGUGCUAUGAACAGUUCUGGUAAUGUUUUUCUAGUGCUUGGAGUCAACAGGGAUAAAAAUGGUCCUGAAAUAUUUACUGACUCGGAAGUUCAACUUCUGAAUAGCUCUACUGUUGAUGGAGUUCUGUCUUGUACCAUAAGUCGGCCAGUAUCCGAAAAAAGUAAUAGAUAUGACAUCACUAAACCCUGGACAUUGCUUCUGGCUCAAGGGAAUACUGUUACUGAUGCUAAUACAGGUGUUCCUUUUUUAACCAGUCAUAAAGAAAGAAAAUUUAUCUCAGAAGAACAAGUAACUGCUAACUCCAUUGUUGAUCUUGGUUCAGAUACUUCAGGCAAUCCAAUGAUUAAAGCUCAUGGUUGUCUAAUGGUUGGAGCUUGGAUCUUCUUAGCAAGUGUUGGCAUAGUUGUGGCCAGGUAUUACAAGCCAGUGUGGGAAGUAACCUUGUGUUCUCAGAAAGUUUGGUUCCAGAUUCACAGGCUCUGCAUGGUUUUGGUGUUUUGUGCCACAGCAGCAGGAUUUAUCAUUAUCUUUGUGGAAGAGAAAGAAUGGAGUGAGAUAGAUGUUGAAGGAAAACAAUUUUUAGUUGGACAUCCAAUUAUUGGUGUUAUUGUCAUGGCCUUAACAGUUAUAAAUCCUAUUAUGGCUCUAUUCCGCCCCCACCCUGGAACAACCAAUCGUCCAAUAUUCAAUUGGGCUCACUGGUUUGUUGGAACAGCUGCACAUAUUUUAGCAGUGAUUGGUGUUUUCUUUGGAGUGCAAAUACCAGAUUCUCAAGUUCCAUAUUACACUGUCUACAUUUUGGCUGCAUUUGUGGCAUGGCAGUUGUUUGUUGAAAUUCUUCUUGAACUCAUCACAUGCAUAGGGCGCAAAAGAGUUGGAGGAGUUCAGAAAGGAGUUUUUUCCAAUAUUGACAGAAGUGAAUCUUAUGAACUAAAUGGUGGUGGAGAUCCACCUAAAGCCAUUGCAUACACUGAAAGCAAUAAGGUUGCAAUAGUGAAACUUGUUAUCUUAGUACUUCAUAUCAUUAUUGUUGGAGCUUUAUCUGCGGCUGUAAUUGCAAUUAUAGCAAUAGGAGAAAAAGAAUUGGAAGACUAAGAUAUAACAGAUAUUAUCUAAGUAUUUGUAAUAUAAUGUGUAAAAUGAAUCCUACAUUUGCUGGAAUAAGCUUGUUAUUCAUAAGCUAAAACACAUCUAUGCAAAUUGAAGUAUAACAUGUAAAAAGAAAUAGACUAAAACAAAAUGUUCAUUUCUUCUACUGAAAAGUUUUUUGUUUAGAUAAACAAAAAAUUUAGAUAAAUAAUAUAUUAUUGGAUUGCAUAUUUUUAACAUUUGUCCUUUAUAUUUGUUUUUUUUUAAAUUUAUUUCUUCUUAAAUGUUUUCCUUUUUUCCUAAUGCCCAUUUACAAAAUAAUAAAAAAAAGAAACAAAAAAUAAGAUUUAAAAUGGAUUUUUGAGACAGAUAUUUUUAGGUGCUAACUUUUUAAAGUUAAAGUAAGUGUGAUUAAUUUGGGAAAUGAGCAACUAUUAUUUAAAAAAAAUGACUUGACACACAAGUGAAUGCCUGACCAAUGGUCAGUUUAUGACAUUGUGUCUUUCAUUAAAAAUAUUUACUGGCACCAAAGGAACUUUUUAUUUCUCAUUAUUAGAUGACUAAUUGUAUUUUGGUCUGUCAUUCCUGUAGUUACAGUUUCUCAAUAGUGCUCUUGUAGUUUUCUAGUCCUAGUGAAUGUCAACUUGGAGCUCAAGUUCAUGUUUUGCAUCAAUCUCUUCAAAGUGGAUAGUAGUGAUAAUAUUUGAUGAGCCAGAUUUAAAUAAAAUAAUUACCACAUAAGGCCAAAGUAAAUGUAACUUUGGGCUAAAUGAAAUAGUGAAUAAAAUUUUUUCCUGGUCUAAUUUGAAUGGUAAGUAGCAAUUAAAAAGCCAAAAAAAAAAAAAAAAGAAAAAUAUUCAAGAAUAUUUGAAGAAUUAUAAAGGUAUUUGGUUAAGUAUAAAUUUCUAUUAAGUUAAAGAUUUUAAUGUUUUUAACCUUCUGUCAUUUAUUAUCUUAAUAUACAUUUUACCCUGUAGUCUAACUAAAUGCUUUUAGUAUUUGUGGAUUGACUGGAUAUUUACUAGGGGCUAAAAUUAGUUUAUUUUGCAUAUGUCACAAGUUUGUUAAGAGAGGGGGUGCCAUUCAUCUUCCUGGUCUCAUUAUUUCUUUGUAUAUACUAAACCUAAAACUUUUGCGAUACCAAUGAUAAGUUUUGUUCUUAUCUAUAAUGUGCUUGUCUUGUCAUUGGAAGAGCUUAGGUACUUAAAAUUUAAAUCUAUUGUAACAAAAUAAAAGUUAAAUGAGAAUCUCUUUGCAAAUGUUUAAAGUUCUCUGUUCUAUUGCAAUGCUCAAUUAUGACUUUAAAAAAAAAUAAAAUUUGCCAGUAAUACAGGUUUCUUGUACCAGUAUGACUACAUAAUAGUCUAUUGAUUUUCUUGAUUUCUUUUAUGCUAGUUUCUAAACAUGUAAAGAUUUGUAAAAAUGUAAUUUGACUUGUACAGUAAUAUUUGAUGAAUGUAUGUUUUUAAUAAGAAUGUAUUUAUGAAAGUAGAUACUUUUAAAACAUAUUCUUUCAGAAUGAAAAUCUGUGUGAUUUGAACAUAUUGUGUGUAGCCUAAACAUGAUCUUUAGAAUGAUUGGCAUUUUAUUAUAAGCUGUGUCUAAAAUCUUUCUAUUUUUUUUUUAGUUUUAGAAACUUGUAGAACUUAUUUAUUUCACUUUGUACUUUUUCAUGUAUCAUAAUUUCAAACAUUCUAAAGCUUACAUUUUUAUUCAUGCAUCUAUGAUGUUUGUUUUUAUUUUAAAAUCUUAUGUGCUUAGAUAUAAUGUACACUAGUUUAGUUACUUUAUUUUGGAUGAUUCUUUUUUUUGGUGACAUACUAUGAACAUUGAUGUCUACUUUGUGAAUGGCUCUUUAAUGGAAUAAAUUUAUAAGUUAAAUAAAUUACAGUCAAUUUAUAA